UGCUGCAGUACGUGGAGCAGGAGAACCACUUACCAGCUGCCAGGAAAGCAUUUGACAGGUUUUUCACGCAUUAUCCAUAUUGCUACGGGUACUGGAAAAAGUACGCCGACCUCGAAAAGCGACACGACAACGUUAAGCAGUCGGACGAGGUAUGUAGGUAGCUGGCGCAGCAGUUGCCGUUGGCCGUGUUGGCCACGUAAUGACUAACCUGCCGCCAGUCGCUUGGCUGCCAGUGCCUGCCCUCCGCAGCCAGGUUUGUAGGGGUUUUGUUUGCACUUGUCACCGCUGUGGCAUUUGUAGCUAAUGUUUUUUCUCUUUGUUGGCAGGUGCGUUAAACCUCUACAGUUUGUCAAGCUUUGCAGUGCAAGCCUCUGUAUUACACUGCAGCUUAACAAGUAGGGGCAGGGCUUUUCUGUCGCUUACGUUUAUUACUCGUUUUCAAAACAAUAUAGUUGGUUUGCUGGUCACAAUUGCUCCAUCUUAUUGCAUUUUUGGUCAGACGCUGUCAAUGAUGCUCUAAUGGGUCUGUGCCCUAUGGUCUGUACCCCAAAGCCUGCCCACACAACCUGGUCAGAAUGCAGGGACCGCUGCGCUUUGAAGAUCAAGACUCUGCACGUGGAGAUCAGAACAUUGCCAUGUUCUAUCCAACCUCCACCCAAAUGGUUUAUCGCAGAGGGCUUCAGGCAAUUCCUCUUAGUGUUGAUCUUUGGAUACAUUAUAUAAACUUCCUAAAGGAGACACUGGACCCUGCUGAUCCCGAAACCAACAGUACCAUCCGCGGAGCCUAUGAGCAUGCAGUCUUGGCUGCUGGGACGGAUUUCCGUUCUGACAGGCUGUGGGAAAUGUAUAUAAACUGGGAAAAUGAACAGGGCAACCUGAGGGAAGUUACAUCCAUCUAUGACCGCAUCCUCGGAAUUCCAACACAACUCUACAGUCAUCACUUCCAGAGGUUUAAAGAACACAUACAGAACAACUUGCCUCGCGACUUCCUGACUACCGAGCAGUUCGUUCAGCUGCGCAGAGAGCUGGCGUCCGUGAACGGCCAUAGCGGGGAGGACAUGCAGCCGGGAGACGACCUGCCCUCCGGCACCGAAGAUAUAACUGACCCUGCCAAGCUCGUCACCGAGAUAGAGAACAUGAGGCACAGAAUCAUUGAGAUUCAUCAAGAAAUCUUUAACCACAAUGAGCACGAAGUCAGUAAGAGGUGGACGUUUGAAGAAGCGAUAAAGAGGCCGUACUUCCACGUAAAACCCCUGGAGAAAAUUCAGCUGAAAAACUGGAAAGAGUACUUAGAUUUUGAGAUAGAAAAUGGCACUCACGAGCGUGUUGUGGUCCUCUUUGAAAGAUGUGUUAUUUCCUGUGCCCUCUAUGAGGACUUCUGGAUCAAGUAUGCCAAAUACAUGGAGAAUCAUAGUAUUGAAGGCGUGAGGCACGUCUACAGCAGGGCUUGCACAAUACACCUCCCUAAGAAACCAAUGGUUCACAUGCUGUGGGCUGCCUUUGAGGAGCAGCAGGGCAACAUCGAUGAAGCAAGAAGAAUCUUGAAAACAUUUGAAGAGUGUAUUCUAGGGCUAGCGAUGAUUCGCUUGCGGAGAGUGAGCUUAGAGCGCAGACAUGGCAACAUGGAAGAAGCCGAGCACUUGCUCGAAGAUGCUGUUAGGAACGCCAAAUCUAUUAGCGAAGCAUCAUUCUACGCCAUCAAGUUAGCUCGGCACCUCUUCAAAGUACAGAAAAACCUGCCAAAGGCAAGAAAAGUGCUGUCAGAAGCCAUAGAGAUCGACAAAGAAAACACAAAGCUGUACCUCAACUUGCUGGAAAUGGAGUACAGCGGGGAUCUCAAGCAGAACGAAGAGAACAUCUUGAGCUGUUUUGAUAAAGCCGUCAAUGGCGCGUUGUCUAUGAAAAUGAGGAUUACGUUUUCUCAGCGAAAAGUGGAAUUUCUUGAAGAUUUUGGUUCUGAUGUGAACAAGCUGUUGGAUGCCUACGACGAACACGAAGCGCUUCUGAAGGAGCAGGAGUCGCUGAAGAGGAGAGCGGAGAACGGAUUGGAGGAGCCGGAUGAGAAGAAGAUGCUGACGGAUGACCCGACCAUGGUGUCAGCACAGAUGAUGGAUGGAGACAUGCAGGUCAACCAGGCAGCAUACAACUACAACGCCUGGUACCAGUACAAUUACCAGAACGCCUGGAAUUACGGACAGUAUUACCAUCCCACUUGAUCCAGUGAGCGUGUGGAGUUCGCCGUGCUGCAGUUUCAACAGAGAUGGAAUAAAAAGAUUCUAUUUUUCUAAGUUAGGGAUGUGAAGGAACUGUUGUAAACCUGCUCUUUGCUCUUCUGCAUGUGGAACGAGCUGAUGUUCACAGGGGUGUGAAGCGAGACGCGUGUGCCGGUACCCGAUCCUGGGUAUCUCUGCAAUCCUAGGUUACCGUAAAUGCCAUUGGUUUUAAUUCCCUGCACUAAUUUAUGGAAUUCCUUUCAGUCUCACAAUGAUUCCAUAGGUAAAUCAGUUAAGCUCUAGGUUUGGGGGUGUUUGGCUUUUACCCUCAAAGCCGUUCUGCCCGGCUCUGGCCACCACGGCUGCUGCGGGACCCGAGCCGGUCGGGACGGCCGCCAGCGCUGGAGCAAGGCUGUGCCCUCCCGCUCCGCUCUCCAACUGAAACCUGCUUUGACCAUGAGCUCUUUCCAUGCCCUAGGGAGCAAAUCCCAGCUGGCUUUGUCUGUGUUGUUACCAUUGAAGCUCUGCGGACGAUGCCGGCAGCCGCUCUGUCUUUUCUAUCCUACGUGGGGCUCAAAAAAAUUCAAAUGCGGUGCAAAGCGAUGUUGCAUUCUUUUUUAAAGAGCACAAACUGUGUUUGAGAUGAAUUUUGUAUUUAGAGUUUUUCAUGUACACAUUGUGAGCAAACUUUUUUUCAUUUUGAUCAAAGUGAUCAUUCUCAGUUUUGUAAUAAAAGCAAGGAAUUCAGCA